UCUGUGAUUAGCAUUAGAAGUAAAAAUUUAUGAUAAAAUAAUCGUAAAAUAAUUAACGAACUUGUAAAAAUACAAGAGCAAAUAAUUUAGUGUCUAAGUAAUCAAUCAAUCCCUACAAAAUGUUAAUUCCGCUUGUUGGGUUCUUGUGUUCAAUAGGGGCUGUAAUAUGCGUCUCCAACCCCGUCGAAGAAGAGCUCGGGAGCGGACGAUACGUGAUCGAAGGGCGAGUGUUCCCCGCGGAGGAGCCUAACGUGGGCACCUGGCAGGUGGACACGCGCAUCCACGUCAACGGAGGCGAAUACAUCGGCUUCGUACGCGACGACGGGUCUUUCAUCAUACACAAUGUACCUUCGGGCUCCUAUAUCGUCGAGGCCGUCCACCCGGAUUAUAUGUACGAACCCGUGCGCGUUGAAAUCAACUCUAAAGGCAAAUACCGCGCCAGGAAAGUCAAUUUCGUGCAAACUUCACAAAUAAUACAAGUGCCUUAUCCAUUGAGAAUGAAGGUACUAUCCAAAUUCAGAUAUUUCCAAGUCCGUGAACAAUGGAGGCUGACCGACUUCCUGUUCAAUCCUAUGGUCAUCAUGAUGGUUCUACCGCUUCUGCUGAUUAUGGUUCUGCCUAAAAUGAUGAAUGAUCCGGAGACCAAAGAAGACUUGAAGCAGAUUAGCAAUUUGGCGAAGAUGGGUGAAAUGCCGGAGAUGUCAGAGAUGUUUACCAACUUGUUUAGCGGCGGUGCCCCGAAACCUACUGCUAAGGCUAAGCAGAUUAAGAAGAGACAAUAGGUUAAAUAGUUAAUUAAUUAAUUUAUCAUGAAUCAAUCAGUGUAGUUAUUUGCUGAAUAGAAUAGUAAUCAUUUUAAAAUGUUCCUUAUUUAUAAAUACAAUGAUCUAGUUACACUAUAAUAGCAUAUUUGUGUACGUACAGUUGUUAUUUUUGUUUGCGAUGCUUAUGCCUGUUUCUUUUUUUCGCUAAAGUACCCAUACACCCGGGCAAAACAUUUCACACUGUCUAUCCGAAUUUGAUUAUAAACUAAAUAAGUUUUAGCAGUCUCAUGACUGGUCUUGUUUGGCUGUAGUUCAUUUUCUUGGAUAUUUACGUUGUAAACUGGUGUCAUUACUUACAAUAUAAAUAUGGUUAUAUAAUUAUUUUAUUUUUUUAUUUUAUUUAUUCAACAGAUUACACAGUAUGACAGUUAAUUAUGUAAAACUCACUGGCUAUAAAAUGCAAUAGGGCUUUGUAUAUUUUGCCUUAUUUUUUGGUAUUUAAUAAUGACUUGUAGUGCUGUAUAUUAAAAAUUCUUGUUGGCAAUUAC